AUGCAACACCUACUAAAAAAUGCAUAUAGCUGGUUUUGGUGGGAGAACAUCUGGAUGCCUGCCAACUGUACAUGGGCAAAUUUAGAAGAUCAUAAUGGAUAUAUCUUUCCCAAACCACGACAGUUAUUUGCCACAAUUCCAUAUGCCUUUGUGAUGUUGGUUAUCAGGUUCUUUGCUGAAAGAUAUAUUGCUGUUCCUCUGGCCAACUUCUUUGGCAUAAAGAAUGUGAGGCGUAUCAAGCCACAGAAUAAUCCCACCCUGGAACAAUUUUUCCAAGAGUGCACAGAAAAGCCAUCCCAGUCAGAAAUACGUGGACUAGCCAAAAAGUGUAACUGGACUGUGCACCUGGUGGAAAAAUGGUUCAGGCGAAGACGCAAUCUAGAAAUCCCAGCUCUGUGUAAGAAAUUCAAUGAAGCUUGUUGGCGAUGUUUAUUCUACACUACCUCAUUUAUUCUUGGAAUUAUAUUUCUCUGUGAUAAAUCCUGGUUUUAUGACAUUUGGCAAGUGUGGGUUAAUUAUCCAUACCAUCCCUUGCUCCCCUCCCAGUAUUGGUACUACAUGCUUCAGAUGAGUUUCUAUUGGUCAUUGCUCUUUACUCUCGGAACCGACAUUAAAAGGAAGGAUUUUAAAGCCCACGUGGUACAUCAUUUUGCUGCCCUUGCCUUGAUGUUCUGUUCCUGGAGUGCCAAUUAUCUCCGUCUUGGAACCCUGGUGAUGAUUGUCCAUGAUUCUGCAGAUAUCUGGCUGGAGGCUGCAAAGAUGUUCAACUAUGCUCACUGGGAUAAUACCUGCAGUGUUCUCUUCGUCAUUUUCUCAGUUGUGUUCUUUAUCACACGGCUUAUUCUCUUUCCAUUUUGGAUUUUACGGGCCACAAUGUAUUAUCCUAUUUUUUAUACCCAGACAGUUGUCAUAGCUUAUUUCCUGUACAAUGGGCAGCUAUUGGUCCUUCAAGGUCUUCACUUGUAUUGGGGCUACUUAGUUUUCAACAUGCUGAAGAAAUUCUUUUUUUUGAAGGUGCUCAGGAUUCCUAUACCAGCUUGGGCUAAAAUAGCCAAUGACAAGGAAGUUAAAGAUGACCGGAGUGAUGAAGAAGAAGAAGACUCUUUCAGUGAUGCUGAAGGGGAAUGCAUGAAGAACGGAAUGAAGAAUGAAUUAAGUGAUCCUAUCCUAAAUAAUAAUAAUAAUAAUAAUAAUAGUAAGUAA